AUGCCUCCACCGUAUACGAACAGUUCACCAUAUGUCCCGCCAUCUCAACCAGCGGCGCGCCAUCCGCCGAAGCCUGCAGCCGAGGUUCUCGCAGAGACAGAGCAACAAUGGAUAUUCUCGGAAGAAGAGCUGCUCCACACACCCUCGAUAAUGGAUGGAAUGAAGCCAGAAGUUGAGCGCGAGACACGAGGGAAGGGCGUCAACUUCAUCUGGCAGGUCGGGAUGAUGUUGAAGCUACCGCAGCUCACUCUCUCGACUGCGGCCGUCUUCUUCAACCGGUUUCUCAUGCGGCAUUCAUUGGUACCGAGGGAAGGCUAUAAGCCUUUGCACCACUACCAAGUCGCAGCGACUUCGCUAUUCCUGGCAACCAAAGUGGAGGAGAACUGCCGCAAGGUGAAAGAGCUGGUCAUUGCAUGCUGUCGCGUCGCACAAAAGAACCCCAACCUCCUCGUCGACGAGCAAACCAAAGACUUCUGGAAAUGGCGAGACACAAUACUCUUCAACGAAGACGUCCUGCUCGAGAUGCUCUGCUUCGACCUCACCGUCGAGUCACCCUACAAGAUCUUCUUCGACAUGCUCAAGGCGCUCGGCGCAGAACACAACAAGAAGCUGCGCAACGCGGCAUGGAGUUUCAUCAACGACAGUUGCCAGACCCAGCUCUGUCUCAUCGUGACCUCGCGCACCAUCGGCGCAGCAGCCAUCUACUGCGGCGCGAAGCACUGCGGCGUAGCCUUCCCCGACUUCAACGGCAGGCCUUGGUGGGAAAUGCAGGGUGUGCGGCUGCGCGAUGUGCGCCGGGCGUGCAACUACAUGGCAGACAUAUUCGAGCACCAACCGACGAAGGAUGGCAGUGAGAGCAUCUACGUAGGUCUCCGGUCUUGUGAGGACGGCGAUCCGGCCGAAGCAGACACGAGGCUAAGGUCACCACAGACGCCGCAGACGCCUUUCCCUGGGGCGGGCAUGGAGAGGGGUGCGAGUGAUCAGGGGGUGAAGAGAACGAGGGAGAAUAGCGGCGCGUCGAUGGAGAACGGGGUCCAAGCCGCAAACGGGAGCACGAAUCCUCCGGCCCGGAUCCCGAAGGCAGCUGAAGAGAGCAUGGCGGUCAAUGGGGCCGAAGCCAAAGUCGAGCCAGAGCAGCCAAGGACGAAGAGAGUCAAGACCGAGGCAAACGGUAUUGACACAACAGCUAAAGCGGAUGCUCAAGCUACUGGUAAAGGAGCCAGCAAGGUGGACAGCGAAGAGGGAAGCGAAGAAGGCGAGCUUGAGGAAUGA